AUGCCGACCCGCACCAACGCUGCGAGGGACACGAAUCCGAGCGGGACUGGUGCUCCACCACGAGCGCAGUCCAACAGCUAUCGUGACUCGACGCUAGGCAUCUUCGCAUUGCUGCUUGCUUUCCGCAUCGUGAACGCACUAACCCUGCGCACCUUCUUCCAGCCCGACGAGUUCUUCCAGUCGCUCGAGCCUGCAUGGCAGCUGGCUUUUGGCCCCGCCACCCAUGCCUGGAUCACCUGGGAGUGGAGAUCCCAAUUGAGGUCGUCCCUGCAUCCAGCGCUAUUCGCAGCCGUCUAUCGAGUCGCGGCACAUGUUGCUGACCUCUGCGGCUUGCGCUUGCCUGCUAAAGCCGAACUACUCCUAGCUGCCCCGAAAGUUACCCAAGCCGUCUUUGCAGCCUUGCUUGAUUGCUACACUUGGAAACUUGCGGAAAAGGUUUACGGUCGUGGCAGUCGCACCGCUCUCACUACUCUUGCAUUGUCUGUUUGCAGCCCAUGGCAAUGGUUCUGCGCGACACGGACACUAUCUAAUUGUCUUGAGACUACCAUCACUUCGGUUGCUAUCUAUUAUUGGCCUUGGCGGGGUGAUUGUAAAACGCAUAUUGCACACCAGAACCUCGGCUCUCUCUCAGAGUUGCGCCUGUCACUACUUCUGGCAGCGCUUGCGUGUAUUCUCCGGCCAACCAAUGCUCUCAUCUGGUUAUCCAUAUCUAUCCCAACCCUGUGGCAAGCCUCACAGCGGCCGCGCUAUGUGUUGGCCCGUGAAAUCCUGAUUUGCGGUGCAAAGAUCCAUUGUCGGGUCUGUCUUUUCUGCAUCCCCGGAGGUCACCAGACCUUUCCAACUGACGACGCUAGCUCCGCCGUACUGGUAUGCUCAGUCGCGACCGAUCGGCUCUAUUACAGGGUCUGGACUCUUCCGCCGCUUAGAUUUCUCUAUUUCAACAUCGCCCAGUCGUUAGCCGUCUUCUACGGGAGGAACCGCGGCGACUACUAUUUCACCGAGGGUUUGCCGUUGCUCCUCACGACAUCGUUGCCUUUUGCCGUGAUCGGCUUAUGGCAGUCGCUGCAGGGCCCAGAGCCAGAGCCAUUUGGCUCAGCCAAAAGUGACAGACCGGAUAACACAACAGCUUCAAGUCAAGAUGCUACAGGCGGUCGGAUACUUGCCCGUCUAUCAUGGACGGUGACUGCCAUGACUGUGACAUUGAGUUUGAUAUCGCACAAAGAAGUUCGCUUUCUUUACCCGAUCUUACCCUUCCUCCACAUCAUCUCCGCCAGGCCACUCAGCAGGUUUCUCCCUCCCCAUGCCGCACUGUCGCACAAAGCAGUUAUUCUGUUUCUUCUAGCUUCAAAUGUCCUACUUGCUAGCUAUGCAUCUCAGGUCCAUCAGCGGGGGGUCAUUGACGUACUCGCCUACCUCCGUCAUAAACACGAAACACGUAACAGCCUGUUGAAUACUCGUAGCAGUACCGGGAGCAACAGUCCUGCCGUGUCCAAUACGACAGUCGGCUUUCUCAUGCCCUGCCACUCCACACCAUGGCGCUCCCACCUCGUCUACCCUGAAAUCUCCGCAUGGGCUUUGACCUGCGAACCGCCCAUCAACAUUCCCCUCUCCGAGCGCUCGACCUAUCUCGAUGAGGCGGAUGAAUUCUACAUCAAGCCUGGUCCGGUGGCCUGGCUCCGUGGUAAUAUGGAAGAUGUACAGACGAUUAAGGCGAGUGGAAGUAGAUCCGGCCAGCAUUGGACGCGCCAGGAUCCAAAAUUUAAGCGCAAGUAUCGGCGUCAGUGGCCGCAAAACCUUGUUUUCUUUGAGCAGCUCGAAGCAACCCUGGAGGAGUAUCUUGAGGGAACUAGGUAUCAGGAGUGUUGGAGGGGGUUCAAUAGCCACUUCCACGAUGAUUCGAGGAGGACUGGUGAUGUGGUCGUUUGGUGUUUGGAUGGCGUGUGAGGUCUAUCGUGAAUCAAUACUACAUAGCAGCUGUCCAAGCAUACGUCCAGCAGUUGAUUGGAUGAUUUAAUCUCACAUAAUCGCUCUUUUGUAUACACCAUCGAGCCGAAAGCCUACACUCCUUGUGAUACAUUUUCAGAGACACUAUCAGCCGAUACUAGUAGCAUUUGACGACACCCACGUAACCUCUUUCUCACGUCACAGUUAUG